UUUCUGUCGAACCUGCGAGUUUCCUCGUUGCUGCCUGGCCGUGACUGCAUGGGUCCCUGCUCUCCGCAGAAUGCAUCCAAGUCAAAGUCCGUCUUCGUACUAACCUUCAUCUCUCAUGACUCCUGGUGCGCUGGUCCGCAAACUAUGCCCUUGCUUUCUACCUGCAGUCGAACAAAACUCUGAGCUACCUACAAGCAACUCUGUCAUUGGUGUCGCACGUGUAAUCAUUCAAUCCGCUCAUUUGAAGCAUUCAAGCACCUUGCUGCUGCCGCCGAAUCCAUUCGUCGUCCUUACCACCCAUGGCUUAAGGAAUCCAUCAUUCACAUCACACAGACAUUUCACUUACGAUCCCAACUGGAUCAUGCAGUCCCAGGAAAUUCUCAUCUUCUCAACGGACUCUGCCUUGUUUUUCGACGUGUUUGAUCAUUCCAAGUAUUUCAAGAAUACAUUGAUUGCCUCAGCCUCAAUUUCCGUUGACGAUCUGGUCCUCGACUCUGAACCAGUGGCCAAGCGAUUGCCUCUGUCCAAAAAUGGGGGGCUGAAGGGAGAGCUUUUGGCCUCCGUCUCAUUUCAUCCAAUCUUGCCUUCAACCGCUGAUUCAAACGUGGGCGUUGUCCAUCUAUCUCUCGACGAGGCCAAGGAUCUUAAAUCUCCCGUUUCCUCCAGAGAGGCCAAUCCCCGAGCGACAAUUAUGCUGGCUGUUGAUGGAAAAGCAACGCGGAUACAUUCCACACCUCUGUGUAGGAGCACGAGUGAACCCAAGUGGCAUUCGCGUCACACUUUCUUGUGCACAGACAAAGCGUCGAGUGUUAUAUUGGUUGACGUGUCUGACUGUGGGUUCAAGGAGACGAAUUUGGGAUACAUGUAUAUUCCCCUUCGUGACCUGUUGGAUAGGGACGAAACUCUUCCGCGUUGGUGGGCUCUCAGUGGCAGCCAAGCGGGCCAGUUGAAGAUGGGGGCGGAGUGGAAGCCGUUAAAGGCAGACCUAUUAGAGAAUGUGUAGCUAAUGCGCAAGAACAGGUAUCUCUACUUUGACACAUAUAUAUAGGACUGCAGAUUCAAUGAAUCAGAUAUUUA